UUCUGGCGGGUGCUGCCUGCGCCUACCGAGCCUCUACGCGUCCGCCAGCAGGCCUCCACCACGCGACUCUGCAAAUAUAACCCUCGCGUCCUGUCUCAGGUAGAGGUGGUUCAAGUUACGGUUUCAAUAGUUCCCCCUACCACUUGAAACGCCCGGUACCCUUUCCUAGACCAACACCACUACCCUUCCUAGUCCAACACCACCAAACCUUCCAACUCGGCACACUUCCGCAGUCCGCGUCGACUAGUGCAGGUACAUCCAUCAAUGUCCGCCCGCAACAUCGUGCCAGUCGAGCCUGCCAACGGCGGAGACACUGUCGUCAUCGAAGUGCUGCAGGAGGGCAGUCACCCUCUCGAUGUGAGAUUGGUGGGAUGCGAGGGCGAAACCCCAUAUGUCACCUCGAUCAAGCACCGUAAUCUCGGAGCACUUAAACACAAAUUCAAGGGUAGCGACCAUGAGUGGGCCACCAUCGUGUCUCAUUUUCUGCUCCAGCAACAGCCAGAAGUCGGCGAAGCCGCCCUUUUGGACGGCAUUCGCAUGGUCUACACCCUGAAAAACAAGAGCCUUGAGCUUUCUUUUCGCAAGGACGUUCAAAACAUCAAGGUCACCCUGGGUGAAAUCGUUCUACCAGAAGACGAUGAGUUUGAGUUCAACCCUUUUGAAUGGGCGCAGGUGUCAGCCGUGGCGCACGCCCAAACGUUGAAGCAGAUGGUCGACUUGGAGGCGCAAGUCAAGAGCAAGCAGCAGACCAUUGCCAAACUUAAUGCGCAGCUGGAAGACUUCAUCAAGACCAAACAUGAGACCGAGACUGCCAUGCUCCAGCAGUUCAUGCAGCUCCUUAACGAGAAGAAACGGAAGAUUCGGGAUCAAAGCCGUCUCCUAGCAGGCGCAAAGGUUGAAAAGCCAACAACGGCCGCUGUACAGUCUUCGAGAGCGAACGCCAAAACCGCAGACACCAAAACCCGCAGAGCAGGCGCGUCACGAACGUCCAAGCGCAAAGCUCCUGCACAGUCAGCAGAGCCAGAUGCCGAAGAGCAGUCCAACGAUGAAAUGCCGGAGCCCAUGACUCCAGAGCAGUCCGACAACGAAACAGAUGUGGAGGAUGAGCCUGCGCCCUCUGCAACAGAGACAUCGUCCCAAACGCUCAGAUCGACUUCAGUCGCACAGAGUUCAAAGAGCGAAGCCACCGAGAGCAAGGGUGUGCCACCACCUCGAGCGCUUCCAUUCGUAAAGAGAACGGGAAUGCCAACGCGAAGUAGAGAUGUAACAGCAGCCGACGACGACGAUGACGAGACGGACGACGAGGAGUUGUAGGUUAGAGGGUGACUAUGUUUCAGUGUGUUGUGCACAAGUUUGGUUGAAACCAUGUCUACCAAACUUGACCACUACGCCGUCUGGUUCCCUGUGUUUCCUUUUUACAGGAUCUUGGGAUGUACCCGCAUCCAGAAACUUUAAUGAAAUAGAAUUAUUGUUACGAAGC